CAUUAAUCUAAUCGCAAGUUCAACAUGAAAUCUUCACACCUCCAGCUGAGCAGUCUGCUCUUUUCGGUUUUCGCUUCAGCUCAGAACUCUCGAAUAUGCCAAGACUACAUGAUUCCUGUCAACAUCACCUCCCAAGUUCUCGUUGCCAGUUAUCCUCACUUCCAGGACAGUUAUGAUGUCGUUGAUUUCAUCAACAAUUUGGCUCGAAGAGAUGCCAAUGCUACAAAAUCACCAUUUUCGGGUGUGGAGAGCGCUACCGCUGCUUAUAACAUCGGCGCCACAUUCUGCAGUCCCGGUACGAAUACAAAUACAUCUCAAGAGAGGACCAUCCUCGUAGCGACGCAUGGCCUUGCAUACGAUCGCAGGUACUGGGAUUCGGGAAUGGAUCCGACAAACUACAGCUUUGUAGACUUCGCAAUCUCAAGAGGAUAUUCGGUCUUCUUUUACGAUAGAUUAGGCACAGGGCUGUCAUCUAAAGUGUCUGGGUAUAAUGAAUCGCAAGCAACAACUCAACUUGGAAUUUUACAGCAACUUACUGGAUUCCUGCGAGACGGAAAGUACACUGGUAACUUCGGAACACCAUCGAAGAUUGUGCAUGUCGGUCACAGCUUUGGUUCACUCCUUUCCAACGGAUUGAUUGCAACUACACCUGAGAUCUCAGACGGUGCUAUUCUUACAGGACUAGCAUACGACCAAAACGCUUCACCAUUCCUCGAGGCGUUUGCACUUCGCAUCGCUAGCGAACAAUUUCCUGGAAAAUGGUCAGAUAGAGACAAUCACUACGUGACAUCAGUUGAUGCAGCUGCCAACGCUGCCACAUUCUUCCACGGUGAUAGCUUCUCUAAAGAGGUCCUCUGGUAUACGGAGUCUAUCACGCAACCUGUGGCAUCCAUCGAACUCCUUACGUCCGGAGCGAUCCGACUCAAUGCCACAACAUUCACAAAACCAGUCAUGAUCAUAAGUGGAGAAUUCGAUUUCGCUGUUUGUGGGGGCAAUUGCGUUGGCAUUCUCGAGCAUCCAGCCAAGGAAGUCAACUUUCCCAAUGCCACAGACUUCCAAGCUAUCGUUCAUCCAUCUACUGGACACAACAUCAACUUCAGCUAUAAUGCAACUGGCGCCUAUGAUGUGAUACUGAGCUAUCUCAGCAAGCAUGGCUUGUAAAUUGGUGAAAUAAGGCAAAAUCGAAUCGGAGGACGUGGAAUCGAGGUUGAACAUAGUUGCAUAGACACACUUAAUAAUGUAAUGACCAUAGAUGUAAUGAGCUGAAGAACAUGGAUCAGUUGAGCACCGCACUCAGCAGUCUACCAAUCGUAGAUGCAGAUGCAACCAAAUCAGAUCUGAUAUCAAAAUCAAAUCAAACAUCAGCUCGUGCUCGGAUAACUCCGAGCAAACUCCCGAGGUAUUUCAACAGAGGAGGGAGGAAUGCGAAGCUCAAAAAGGCAAACGAGAGGCGAUCAAAAUACAAAAGUUGUGUUCUGUACAAGAUGAUGCAGAUCAAUUUUCAGGGGCAUCAUGAAAGUCGGCGAAACAUAACAGACUUAUCGUCGACCGCGAUUUCGAUUUGCCCUUUGUGUGGCACUUCAUCACAUAUCGCAGGUAAACUAUUCAUGCUGGGGAUCUGGAAUAUUUG